UUCCGUGACGCUAACAUGGGUAAAAUGAUAUUAAUCUCUCGGCUUGCAGCUUCGUGUCUGCCCCUCUCCCAGCUCGGGAAGAAUUCCCCCGCAGACAAUAGACGAGGCGACGGAAAAAUUGUAACACAAGGCGUCGUAUUCAGUGCUGAAGCGAAAUUACUUAAACGUGGCCAGUGAUGCGAUGCCAUCUCUCUCUCCAUCUUCCUUAACCCUGUGUUGUAUACUAUACCCUUUCAGCUUUCCUCGCCUUGCAACCCGUGGCUUGCUCCGAAUCCGAGCCAAGCUGGACCCAGCGGAUUCCCCGCAAGGAGCGUCAAAUUUACCCACUGUUUCCGUCCUGGGGUCAGGGGGCCAUGGACCCGUCAGAAAUCGUCGUUGGAUCCAUUGAUCAGGGCACCACGAGCACGCGGUUUCUGGUCUUCAAUCGCGAAGGUGAACCCGUCGCAUCGCAUCAGGUGGAGUUCAAGCAAAUCUACCCAAACCCAGGAUGGCAUGAGCACGACCCGCUCGAGCUUGUGACCUCAGUGGAAACUUGUAUCGAAGAAGCUGUCAACCAAUUCGAAGCCGCCGGAAACGAUCGACAGUGCGUUAAAGCGGUGGGCAUCACCAAUCAGCGAGAGACUACAGUUGUCUGGGACUAUGAAACCGGGGAGCCACUUUAUAAUGCAAUUGUCUGGACUGAUACCCGCUCGCAAGCCAUUGUCGAUGAACUGAAACAGAAGCCCGAGGCUUCACAACUACAACAGAUUUGCGGUCUCCCAUUAUCCACCUACUCCUCCUCCUCCAAGCUUCUUUGGAUGCUCACAAAUGUUUCGAAAGUGAGGGAAGCAUACGAAAAGGGCACAUUGGCAUUUGGCACUGUUGAUUCCUGGUUGGUAUACAGACUGAAUGGCGGGAGCAAGGCCAAUGUGUUCGUCUCGGACCCUACGAAUGCCUCACGGACCAUGUUCAUGAACCUAGAAUCGUUGCAGUACGACAACUUUCUACUCGAUUUCUUCGGUAUUAGAGGCCGCGUUCAUCUACCACAAAUUGUUCCGUCCUCUGACGCCUCCGCCUAUGGCGCACUUUCCACCGGAAGUCUUGCGGGUGUGCCCAUCAUGGGUUGUCUGGGAGAUCAAUCCUCUGCCCUUGUCGGCCAAAAAGGGUUCUCCCCGGGAAUGGCCAAGAACACAUACGGGACCGGAUGUUUCUUGUUGUACAACGUUGGAGACAAGCCAGUUAUCUCCACACACGGCCUAUUGGCAACGAUAGCCUAUCACUUCGAUGGCAAGCCUGUCUACGCUCUCGAAGGAAGCAUCGCUGUUGGAGGCUCGGGGAUCAAGUUCCUCCAAAACAACCUAGAAUUCUUCCAGGAGUCAAAUGAAGUAAACGACCUAGCUCUUACAGUAGAGGAUAACGGUGGGUGUGUUUUCGUCACCGCAUUCAGCGGCCUCUACGCUCCAUACUGGAUCGACGAUGCGAAAGGAACGAUGUUUGGAAUCACUCAAUAUACCAAGAAAGGCCAUAUCGCCCGCGCAACCCUUGAAGCAACCUGUUUCCAAACCAAAGCAAUUCUCGACGCGAUGGAGAAAGACAGCGGCCACGCCCUCUCUGAACUUGCCGUUGACGGCGGCAUGAGUAACUCGGACCUCGCCAUGCAGAUCCAAGCUGACCUGAUCUCCAUCCCCGUCUACCGCCCCAAAAUGCGCGAAACAACCGCUCUCGGUGCUGCAAUCGCCGCUGGUCUCGCCGUCGGUCUCUGGCGCAAUUUCGCUGAGCUCCGUGACAUAAACCGCGCCGGUGGUACCGUUUUCAGACCACAAAUGCCCCUUGAAAAAAGCCGAGGACUCUUUAGCCUCUGGGAGAAGGCUGUCAGGAUGUGCAAGGGCUGGAUCGGGGAUAACAAGUCGCAUUCGGAGGCUGAGGCAGUCGAGGAGAAGGUCCAAAAUCGGUCUCAAACUGUAGGUCUGAGCAAGGGAAGUAGCGACGUUGUCGCUAAUGUCACUACAACUACGGCUAUGAAGGCCGUGCCGCCUGCGAAGAUGGUGAACGGUCACGGCCAUGGCCACGGCCACGGAGAGAUGGUUCUAUCUAAGCCGGCGCCGUGGAUUAAUAUCUCUGGGGACUUGGAUGAGGCGGAUGACCAAGAUCUGUUCCUGGAGUUGAGAAAGUUGGAGGUUGUGCAGAGGCUGAAGAGGAUGGGGAAGGUUAGGGUUGCAUACAUCUGAUCCCCGCAUUUCUCUUCUACUCAAUAGAUGUCUUUCGGGUAUCGGUUGGAGGCAAAAUUUGAUAUCGAUCUUAUGUGCAUAUGUAUGUGCAUGUUAAUACGGCCGCCCAGUUUAGAAUAUGGGAUGAGGAAUUUCGGCGACUAUUUACACUGAUUUCGUUUGCAAAGCCAUCAUCACGCGUCCCAUCAAGCAGCAGGAACACCCUCCUUCCCCUGCCCAUCCCUUGUAAAAACACAAUUCAACUCUGUCGCCGGCGUAAGCGUAACCUCAAACCUCAACUUCGGAUCCUCAACAACCCCUUUCCCAGUCGGCGGCAGCGCCUGAAUCGACUCAAACGCCUGCAAGAUCCUCACAACCGUAUACCCCAUCUCGAUCAUCGCAAACUGCUGCCCGAUACAGAUACGCGGCCCGCCAUUAAACGGGAUAAAGUGCCACGGCUUCGGCUGCCACCCAGACGUCCAGCGCUCGGGGAUCCAUUUUGCGGGGUCGAUGUAGUUCUCGGACAAGGGGGCGUCGUAGUUAUCGGGACUGCGUUGCAUGAUCAUUGUGGAGUAGAUGACCCGGGUUCCGGCCUUGACGCCCACGGGCGCUGUUCCGUCAGGACCGCCGCCGCGGGGCAGUGUGGUAUCUUUUAGGGAGAAGCGGACGUUGAAUGGGACGACGGGGUAAAGUCUCAUUGAUUCGUUAAGGACGGCGUUGAGGUACUUCAUUUCCUUGAGGUCUGUGUAGGUGGGUUUUCGGGCGUCGGGCCCUAGACCGAGGCGUGCGUCGAUUUCCUGGCGGAGUUUGGUGACGACGGCGGGGUUGCGGGCGAGUUCGAAGAGGCAGAAGGAGAGUGUUGCGGCGGUUGUGUCGCGGCCUGCUAGGAGGACGGCAACGAGCUGGUCGCGGAGGGUGCGGCGGUCACGCGUGAAGCGGGCAAGAGCAUGUAGGAAGGUUUCGCUCUUCGAGAGCUUUUGGUCGAGUUCGGCGGGGGACAUGGCGAGGACCCGGUCGAUGUAGGGUUUGAUAAAGUCGUCCAUGACUCUGAGUUGCUUGCGAAAUUCUUUGCGGGAGAGGAUGAAUUUAAAAACGCUGCGUCAAUGUUAGCACAUAAACUGAGACGUAGGUUUUCGUACGAAUAGGAGGGGUACGUACCCUAAUCGGAAGUACUGUGCUUGACGACGCUGCACAUAGCGGAAUGCCUCUGCGAACUGUGUCUCCGGGUUCUGCAAGCUUUCAGUGCCAUGACCGAGAAGGUAAUCAGUGGCAGCGUCGAGCGUAUAUCGAAAAAACAGGGACGUGACAUCAACGACCUUGCUUCCCUUCUCCCCGUCCAGGAGAGGAAUAAGAUGCUGAACAUGCUUCUCGAAGAUCUCCGUAUCCACAAGACGAUCACGCGCAAACAUGGGCCUGAUGAGGUGCCUUGAUGAUGCCCACUGGCCACCGUCCGUCACGAAAAUAGAAUCCCCCAGGAAUUCACGCCAGUCGCGAUGGAAAUCUUCACCCUUGCCAUAGUCGGAAAACUGCCCAGUGAGAAUGGCCUUGAUAUUCUCUGGAUCCCGAGUGAGAAUAAUUCGGGUUUGGACACCUGCGUCUAGCUCUGCCGUCUUCUUCUCGGUGGCCAGCGGUGCUCCCUUGGCAUUUUUCAUCUCGUUCCCCCAGAACUCGAGGUCGCGGUCAGUCUGGUUCGCUUGCAUGGAUCGGUAGAUGAAGUCCAUAGCUGGAACACAUUGUUAGCGAAGCAUACGCGUGAGUAACGAUCUUGAAAGAUGAACGCUACCAUAAGGAAGGCGAAACUGAACCUGCGGAGCUCUCGCCCCAAGCCUUGAGAUCUGCCAACGCACGUGCAGCUUGCGCACCAAACAAGCAAGCCAGAACGACCCCAAGAGGCAAAGAAUCGCCUGUCCUGGAGUCAGAUUGCUCACCAAAUCUUCAAUCAUGAUGGGCUCAGUGAGAAUAACACUAAAGCAGAGUGCGGCAGCGUUCUGGUGUUGAGAAAAGUGGGCGCGGAGUCGUCCCCUAUUUCAGGGUGCAGAGUCGCGCGGGGACGAGACGAAAUUUGUAGAUAUUGAACCCUCCAUCGCUUCCCACUGACUCAUGAGAACCGAGAGCCGAGCCCACAGCGGGGAGAGAAAUAACGACGAGGGCCACCCGCCAUUCAGAAUCGAAGGAAUUCAACAUGAUCCAUUAUUCCAUUUGCACAUGCGCGGAGAUCAGUGGAGGAGGGCGGCCGCGAUACCCCAUUGGGGACUUCUUGCGAACCCCUCACUGGAUUAGUGCGUUCAUGUUCAGUUGACCGUUUCCGAGAUACUAUGAUCUAUGAGCUCGCUGAGAUGCAACGGUGGUCAGCGUUUUG